UCAUCGCUUCUCCGUGCCUGUGGGCAAAACCGAGAGAGUUUGUUGACUGUGUAUGUCUCACGGUAACCGUGUUUCGUUACGUUAUCGAUAAAUGUGAGAUAAAUGGACUGACGUCUCGCUGUUUAUCAUUGGAAGACGUUACAAUACUUUAUGUCAAGCCCUACAAUGCCGCCCAAACAAGUUAUCUGCUAGCUGGCAGUUAGCGGCGGAGCAAGAUGCUAGCAAGUAGCAGCUAUCUCGCAGUAAAGAUGGAACUUCUCGACCGAGUGAAUAAAAGGCAGAUCGGCACAAAGUUUAUGUCUGUCCGUAGCCAUUAUGGCAUAAAUGAAUCUUCAGUCCGCUUCAUAAAGAAGGACGAAAAUAAUAUCUGCCACAAUGCUCUUGCCGCAGUACAAUUGGCAUCAACUUUAAUGCUCGAGAAUGGCCAGAUUCACUCAGACUGAAACAAGAAGGCAGCAGCAGCAUCCUCCUCAUCAUCCUCUUCCUCCUCCUCCUCCUGCUCCUCAGCAGCAUCCCGCUCCACACUCCUCCAGCUUGCUCCUCAGCGGACCGAGCCCGGCACCACUGCUCCUGAUCCCGCAACACCAGUCCCAGUACCAGCAGCAGUACGUCCAGAUCCCACUGCCCAAACCCAUGAACGGCUCGGAACCCAUUUCACUUCAUCCGGAGAGCGGCGCCAUGAAGGACCAGGAUGCCAUUAAGCUGUUUAUCGGGCAGAUUCCGCGCAACUUGGAGGAGAAGGACCUGAAGCCCCUCUUUGAACAGUUUGGGAAGAUCCACGAACUGACCGUUCUCAAGGACCGCUACACUGGCAUGCACAAAGGUUGUGCGUUCCUCACCUACUGCGCCCGAGAGUCUGCCAUCAAAGCCCAGAACGCCCUCCAUGAACAGAAAACACUGCCAGGGAUGACUCGUCCCAUCCAGGUGAAACCGGCUGACAGCGAGAGCCGUGGAGAAGACAGGAAGUUGUUUGUGGGGAUGCUGAACAAACAACAGACCGAGGAGGACGUUUACCGCCUAUUCGAAUCCUACGGAGUCAUCGAGGAGUGCACGGUCCUAAGAGGUCCUGACGGCAACAGCAAAGGUUGCGCCUUUGUCAAGUUCUCCACACACACCGAGGCUCAGUCAGCAAUUGGUGCCCUACACGGAAGUCAGACAAUGCCAGGCGCGUCAUCCAGCCUGGUGGUCAAGUUCGCCGACACAGACAAGGAGCGCACCAUCAGACGCAUGCAGCAGAUGGUCGGCCAGUUUGGCAUCUUCAACCCUGCCAUUGCCCUUCCCUUCAGCACCUACAGCUCUUACGCACAUGCGCUCAUGCAGCAGCAGGCGGCCAUCAUGGCGGCGAGCCAUGGCGGUUACCUGACGCCGAGUGUGGCCGCCUUCCCGGCCACACAGAUCCACCAGAUGGGGGCACUCAACAUCAACAGCCUGCCACCCACCCCCAUGACCCCGGUGUCGGGUGAGUUUCAUCAAGCCUUGGGCCUAAGUUCACCACCAGCCAACAUCACCACCUCCGCCGUGCCCAGCAUCGUCACGCCUAUCGUCAACGGAUUCACCGGCAUCCCUCAUCAGCCCAACGGACAUCCCGCUGUGGAGACGGUCUACACCAACGGCCUGCCGCCUUACUCCACCCAGAGCCCCACCGCCGCUGACACCCUGCAGCAAGCCUUCACUGGAGUACAGCAAUACACAGCGAUCUACCCAGCCACCACGCUGACUCCCAUUGGCCAAACGCUGCCCCAAGCGCCCCAGGUCAUCCAGCAACAACAGCAGCAGCAGAGAGAAGGUGAGGGUCCGGAGGGCUGUAACCUGUUCAUCUACCACCUGCCACAGGAGUUUGGAGACAACGAACUCAUGCAGAUGUUUCUGCCCUUUGGCACCGUCAUCUCAUCCAAGGUCUUCAUGGACCGGGCGACCAACCAGAGCAAGUGCUUUGGCUUUGUGAGCUUCGACAACCCCGCCAGUGCACAGGCAGCUAUCCAGGCCAUGAAUGGCUUUCAGAUUGGCAUGAAGAGGUUGAAAGUCCAGCUAAAGAGACCGAAGGAUGCCAGCCGCCCUUACUGACACCGCCUACCUUUAGUAUUCACCGCAGCAGCAGCAGCAGCACAGGUUUUAGACGACACGUGAAGAUAUUUCGGAGGGGCUUAUCUCUUCUUUUUUUCCUCGGAAAGCAACAUAUGUUUUUAAAAAAAAAAAAAAAUCAAAACGUAAGGAUUUUUUUCUUUGGGAAGACAUAUCAGCAUUUACUUAUGAAGAUGUAAGUGGCGGAACGAGACGAGGAGGCGCGUCGCCAGGGACGCUAACAGAUGGCACAGUGUGAGAAAGGAAAGAAAAGGAAGGAAAAAAAACUGGAAAAAAUGAAACAAAAAAGACUUGAUCAACAGAACUUUUUUUUCUUGUUGAAACUUGAAUUGUUAACGAAGCAACAAACUAACAAACAGGAAAAAGCAGCAACAACAAAUAGAUUUCUAUAUACAUAUUCUAUACACAUAUAUAUAAGUGAGAGAUGCGCUUGUGGCUUUACUGCUCCUUGGACAAAUGAGGGUUCACAAAAGGCAAAGAUGGGAGGCGGAAAGACCGUCUUUCUUCUUCUCCCUCUUUUUCUUGUGUCGUCUCGCAGCAAGUGCGGCGCCACCAGCCCUGGAGGAGUCACUGAGGUUUCCGUUAGCAACAGUACAACUGAGAAUCUUUCACCCCAAAAAAGGGACCAAAGGACCAAACACAUUUGUAUUGUUCAGAAACAGUAACGCAUCGUAUUAAUUCAUGAGACAGCAGUACUACUAAUGAUAUUAAGGUAAAAAAAAUAAAAUAAUUUAAAAUUGCUUCAGGUUGAAAGAAAAAAAAGAAAAAGAAUGGGUUUUUUUCAUAACUAAUGGGUUUGAGAAUAUUAAAACGAAAACAUGAAAAGAAUUAGCUAUACAAUUUUAGUGGCGUAGAAUAUGUGGGAUAGGUAUUGUAAUGGGCAUAAGUUCAUCUUCAUUAUUCAUGUCAUUUUAAUUUAUUGUGAAAAUAAAAUCACAAAUAAGUCGCCAUAUUGAUAUUGUGGAAAACCAGCCGUUGGUGAUUUUGUGCAAAACUUCAAUUUUUAAAGAUGCCAAAAAGCUGCUGUGUAAUUAAUUUUACAACAAACUAACUUAAGCAGUGGUUCUGAAAUGUUUUACAGCAAGUACCACCUGAAAAAAUACUUCGCACCAAGUACCACCAUUAUGAAUAACAUUAAAAUACAGCAGAUCACUGGACCUAAAUGUUCAUCAAAAAACGAGACAGAGGUUUUAUUUCUAAAAUGUAUAUUCAAUAUUAUCAUAAGCCACUGGAACAUUAUGCAGCUUUAACAUUUGUACUGUGCUUAAAUAUUGGAUGAUAAAAAAUACUGUACUUAGAUAAUCAGCCAAUUAAAGUGUAUUGCACAUAAACAUUAAAUAAAACAUGUACAUAAAUGUUUAAAAACAAACAGUUCUUAAAGAUUAAAUGCAAAUAUAUUGAAGUUAAGCGUAAACCAUUAGUGGUACUCGUACCACACUUUUCGAAUCACUAAAGAAUCAAGAGAGAAUUUUUUUCAUGAUACCGAAGGAUCAUUUUUGCAAGAAAAAUGGCUCCGGCAAUGGGUCAGUUCAUUUGUCUGGAGACAAAUUGUUAAAAAGUGUGUCUUUAUCUCAGUUAGGCGAACAAGCCAUCAUUAUGCAAAACCAUCACUCGCCAAACACACACAUUGCCUUCAAAUCACCUUGUGAGGAUUACCCGUACAUGAUAUGAGUGUAGUGUUGCCAUAACUUUGGUAACAUGAAUUGAAAAACAAAAAUGCUAAAUCAGCUAAUCUUACCUGUAUGUGUUGUCAACUGUGGUUGACUUUAUCUCUGUUAAUGUCUUUUUUCCCAUCGUGUCGUCAUCUGCGGAGGUUGACAAAAGUAACAAGCCUAUUUUGACAAAUUAAGGAGAAGAAAUUACAGAUAUCUGUUUUCCAAUGUAGGGAGUAGACCUAAAAAGUUGUCAGUAGCUGAAAAAUCUACUUCAGUAUUUGUACUUUGUUACUUCACAAGAGCAAUACGGCGGCUGCUCUUCACUUUAUCCAUCAUGCUUUUUCCCUUCCUUCCUUCCUACCUUACUUUCUUCCUUUUGUUGCAUCAUUAAAGCCUUGAUAUUCCAGAUAAUCUGACCGUAAAGCAGUGUGCUAAAAGUGCCAUCCGGCUGAGCCGCACGUGCGCCGCAGUAAAACAGCGCAGUGUCUGUAACGUCUUCAUAAAAAUAUACAAAUGAACAUGACAGCGGUUGUAAACAUCGUCGCCACUGUCGAGCCAAGGCAGUGCCAGCGCGGGUCGCGCCUUCUCCUGCUGCCAAGCCUCUCCAGCUGCUCGCAGCGGGGAGAGCGUCCUCCCCUGUCGCCUCGCCUCCGGGUGCCAGCAUAUCUCUCACUCUUAAUAGGAGCCAUCAGUUCCCAGGGCUGCGUAAUGAGGAUGAUGGUAAUAUUGAUCAGAUGGGGAGGGAGGGGGGGGGGGGGUGGCGAAAUAUGUGCAAUCAAUUAUAAAUUUGGCUUGAUGGAGCUCACUUUUCUCUCAUGGUUGGUGGAUACAGUUGUCGUUUCUGUCGUUUGUUGCAACAUAGAUGUCUCCAAAUCAAUAAUCGGAAGACUGACUUCGCAAAGAACUGACAGAAACUGUUUGGAAAAGGGAGAGAAAAAAGUACAGUCUUGUCACUUGGUACCCUUUAAGCCCGUGUUUCGUGACCUUUAGUGGCCAAGACAUAUACUGUAUCUAUUACUUGCGAAAAAUCCCACGCAUGUCAACACAUAAAAAUGUCACAAAAAGUAUAUAUACUGUACUGACGAUGAGCUAGUCUCAGUUUACUCACAAAUUUACUUAGUGUGAAAUAUGGGCCUGUGUAGUUGAACACAAAGCUAUUAUUCUGUUUAUGAAUGGCAACAUGUGGACACACAGUUGAAUUGGACCUUAUGCCAUCUGGUGGAAGAGCAUUUAAUUGUUCUGCCUGUCACUAUACGUCGCUGGCAUAGAUAGAGCAACAAAGAUACAUUAUUUGUAGUAAAUAAGUAAUAGUUUUCAGACCAACGGCUUUCAUUUGUACCUCGAGGGACAGAUAAUGACUCCUACUAUAUUCUAACCAUGGAACCUCUUGAGUGGGAUGACCACCCAUUCAGUCUAUACUAGUAGCCAACUGCAGCUUUCAUCCUAUAAUCUCAAAAAGAUGAGGAAAAACGUGUUGCUUGAAGGGCGUUUUUAAAAUGAGGUAUUAAAACAAAACAGGACUUUUGUCCUGAAUGUGCCAACGGAAACACGCAACACAGUAUGACAGGAACAAUGGUGAAAGGACAUUGAUAACUUUGCAUUCUUCGCAGCACUGGGUGACUAUACCUAUUUUUAUGCCACAAAACAAAAUAAAUUCCAUAUUAUCACAGUGUGAUCGUAGAGUGUUUUAACUUAAGCAUUCUGAUACAAAUAACAAUUUACCUAGGAGUUCAUUUUUACAAUUAUGUACUGUAUUACAAAAAAACACAUUCAGUGUCUCUGAACGCACCGCGGUUACUCACACAGCUGCCGUGUGCCUGCCUAGUUUCAUUCUGAAGAGUGAAAUAGGAAUUGCAGCACGUGUAAAUUAUUUUAAUCUUUUGAGCAUGUCCAAACAAGUCCCUCUGCUGGUCACUUUUAAUAUUACAGUUGAUUCACUGUAUAUUACAGUACACCAACAUUGCAGCAGACCCUGCGAUGUGACUGUUGCGCACACGUACAUCGUUCAAACAAAAUCUUAUGCAGCCCUACAGUAAACCUUAACGGGGAGUGGCAUUAAACAGCUUGAAGCUUGAUGAAUUGUUCAUUAUUUACCAAACAUCUGCUUAUUGUGAAGUGAAUUGAGUUCACUGCCACCAUACAGCGCUUGUAUCUCAAGUUUGCGCUUGCAAGUCGAAGCAAAAAAGCAUCAGAAGCGCUUGUAUCUUGAAAAAACCCGUCAGUCGGGUAACUCAUAUUUCAAGGCACCACUUUAAUGUAUGUUUCAGUGAGGGCAGCACGGCGCACUAGUGGUUAGCAUGUCUGCCUCACAUUUCUAGGGAUUGGUGUUCGAAUCUCACCUCAGGCAUUCAAAAUUCAGAAUUCCUCCCAUGUUCCAAAAACAUGGCAUGUUCGGGUCACUGAAGACUAAAUUGUCCAUAGGUAUGAAAGUUAGUCUGAAUGGUUGUUUUCCUAUAUGUGCCCUGUGAUUGGCUGGUGACCAGUCCAGCGUUUCCACUUUGUUUCUGACAGAAGGAAAACUUGUGCAAUGCUAGAUUAGUGCUCAUUUGCUCAUAAAGCCAUGAUGAUAAAACUGCUUAUAUGAAGGAUUGUGAUGGGUCAAAUCCUGGACCUCUUGAUCGCAGGUGUCAAACUGGUGGCCCGGGGGCCAGAUCCGGCCCGCCACAUAAUUUUAUGUGGCCCGCGAAAGCAAAUCAAAUUUGCUAAUUUUGUUCUGGUUUAAUACGAUUGGGAUAUUCGCAAGCAUUUUUUUGUUAGCAAUCCCCCUUUGAAAAGAAAUGUAAUAGUUGAAAAACAUGUUUUAUAGGCUUCUGAUUUCAAAAGUUGUUUUUCAUCAAUGUGUUGUGUAUACUGUAUGUAAUUACAGUAUAUGAGGUAGUCUUUCAUUUAUAUGGGUUCACAGUCGUAGCGGCCCUCCGUGGGAAGUCAUAACUACGAUGUGGCCCGUGACAAAAAGGAGUUUGACACCCCUGCGAUUAAGGAAAUUAUACAACAGAAUUUUAUUUUUUAUUUUUUUUAAAGACACAAAAAGCAUUAAUAUGUUAGGAAGCCUACAUUGAGAAAACCUGUGUUGCUGGGUCCAAUUAUAGAGUCUCUUAUGGUGCACUCCUGCAUAGUUAGAUCAUAGCGUGUAUAAAGAGUCAACUACAUGAGUUGUUCUCUACCGAAGAGCAGCUGUAUUCUCUCCGCAGAGGGUAUAAUGGUGCCAUGAGAGCUCGUACACAGCCGGGCAUUAGCAGCCUUAGGAGGUCAAAUUAAGAGCAAAAUGAUCCAUCAAUUAGACAGCGGCAGGCCUGUAGGUGAAUCAGCCAACAGCUGCUGCAGACAAAAUGAGCGCUUACCAUUAAUUGCCGGUCACGCAUGGCCGCCAUAUAUCUAAACUAGCGUCACAUCAUAGCCAAGAUGCGCAAAGAUGUAACUUCCAAAAUGAAAUAGGCUUUUAAUUGGCUGUUUGCAUUUCGAUCGGUCUCUGUGUGUGUUUUUAAUCCUUUUCUAUCUCCAUAAAGCAGCCUGCCUUCUCUAAUUGUUGUUCUUUUAUUUACCAGAUUACAUUUUAUUUUGAGUGUAAAAUUGUAAGUAGUUCUUUCUAAUGGGGACUUGAAACCUGAAAUAAAUAACUCAAUGGCAUGUUUGGCAAUACCAUCACUUAAAGAUCAUCAUUCUGAAUUCUGAUUCUGAGAUCAUCAUUUGACUAAUUUGGAAAAAGGUUUAAUAAUCAAAUAACAGUCUCCACUCUAGUAAAAACCACGUCAAUAAACUCACUUGAAACAAAUAAUCUUCACCCCAAAAUAGAUAAUUCAUCGGUGAAAAUAUUUUUUUUUUAAAAAACAUUUGCUAAUUGUAAUUACGUUAGCUGAUAGACACUAUUGUUCACAUCGGGUUGCUAACCAAAACGGCAGCACCUACCCAGUCGUGUAAGCGUUCUCUCAGCUGAAUCAACUGUGAAAUCUUACAGCAUGGUUGUAAACAAGUUCCCUGUGUGCUAUUAAAGAUUAUUUUUACUGGCAAUUCCAGAACCGAAUGUUCAUGUACAGUUGCUAGCCAAAACAGCAGCACCUACCGGAUCACGUAAACAGUCUCUCAGAUUAAUUAAAGCGUGGAGACUUGUUAUAAUAAAGUUCCCUGCGUAGUGUUGAAGAGCGUAUGGAAAAAAAUAACAGCCAAAAUGUAUAAUUUCUAAUAGAAUGUUCUGAGGUUCUGUUUUCAGGUAUUAGCUUGUGCGUUAGCUCAACUUCCCACAGCUGAUGUCACGUUGGUCUUCUUUACACAGCAAACUAGUUGCUGGUUGUAGCCAAUUAUUGUUUUUUGGGAUGUGGGAGGAAACCGGAGUGCCCGGAGAAGACCCACGGGGGGAACAUGCAAAGUCCACACAGGCGGGGCCGGAGAUUGAACUCCGGUCCUCAGAACUGUGACCAGUCGUCCACCCCUACCCAGUAUAUGAGAAAGCCCAGUAUUUCUUGUCAAUAUAUGUUUUUUUGUAACAUAGUAUAACAUUAUGGGAAGCAGGUACUGUAGCUUUCAGGCUCCCCGGUGAGUUCCCGUUACUGUUAAUGUCAAGUGAAGCUGUGAUAGAUGCCCUCCUUUUUUUUCUCCCAGCCAUACGAGGCCUUGUAAAUACUGGAAAAAAAUAUAUUUUUUAUUUUUUUUUUGUUUUGUUUGUUUUGCUUAUGGGAUUUUCUGCCAUAGAGUGGUGUGAAUUAUUAAAAUCUAAUUAAAUUUGGCCUUCACAACAGCUCGGCUAAUGCAAAUUGAAGACGCCAGCUGUGUGUGGCUGAAAUGUAAUGAGUUAGGGGGGUCGGGUGGCGGGGCGGGCUGGCAGACGAAAUUUGAUCGAAACACAAAUGAACACAGCGGAGGGGAGACGCAUCGUCAUGUAUGUUGCAGCAAGGAAAUGAUGGAAGCACAUCAGUUGUUGUAAUAGUGGAACGAGCAAAGGUGGAAAGACUCACUAUGCUGUAACAGGUUUUAAGGGCCUUUUGAAAUUGCUCUCUUUCUCUGUUUUCUUGCAAUUCUUCGGCCAAGUAAAUCGCUCUCAUAAAUUGCUAUGAACGCAUUCGCAUACUAAAAAAAAAAAAAAAAAAAAAACGCAACAAUUUUUGCAGACGUUCAUCCUUGUUAAAAAUUAUGUUUGGUAAGAGUGGCGAGAGUGACCCUCAAAAAUUGGCUCCUGAGCGCCCCUCGGAAAUCUGGAAAAUUCAGCCCCCGAAGCUACUUUCAAUUAGCAACAUGUAAUUUGUGGCCAUGUCUAUCAGUAGUAGAUCCACAAAAUGCCUGAAAAGACACAAGAGGUCAGCCAUUUUGGAUUAGAAGAGGUAAUUUUGGCCAUUUCCUAGGGUGCUUGAAAAAGACUUGCGAUUGCUACCAAAUUUGAACCAUAGACAGUGCUGCCUUGAGAUAUAAGUGUCCCUAAUUACGAGUUUUGACUUGCAAGCAAUUUUGAGAUACAAGCACUGAAUGGUGCUAGUGAACCCAACUCACGACACAAGAAGCAGCAGUUUGGCAGAUAGGGAACAAUUCUUCAAAAAAAGAAGCUUCAAGCUGUAUAUUGGCACUCCCAGUUGAGGUCCGCUUGACCUAAUGCUAACAAACAAUGCAAAAAAAAAAAAAAAAAAGCUAGAUAAAUAGGCUAACAAAUAGAAUCAGUGUUGUAAUCCUUUGAGCAACUGAUACUUAAACACUAACAGUGGAGCAACACAGUUCGACAGACAAUAUGAUAUGAUAGCAUAUUUUCUUGAUCUUCCGCGAACAAAUGACUAAUAGUACUGCAGUUGACUGAGCUCAGUUGUAUAUCGGCAUGUCUGUGAUAUAUUGCUCCCCGGUGGCCUAGGCACGCAGAGCAGAAGGAGCCGCAGAAUUAAUUAUUCAUGAUGCACAAACUGGUUAAAUCUUUGCAUUGUAUUUAAUUAUGUAAUCACUAUGUUUUAAUAAAGCACAGAGUGCUAUUUUCCUGAUUUAUAAACACCCAGAAUUUUUGGGGUUGUUUUGAGUUAUGAUGAAUUAAACUAAAUCUCAAGGCACCAUCGUAUCAAUGACGCUAAAUUACCAAACAUCACAACACAGAGUUUUCAUCACUGCUGGUUGGUGGAGCAUGGCAGCGCAGUUUGACAGCUCAACUCUCAUAACUCAGUUCCACAAGGUCAGAUCUUGACCAAACGUCCCGCCGUGCAAGAUUCACAAGCGUCCACUUCUGACAGAAAUUUAUGCACGCAGUAACUUGGCUCCUGAUGUUCCGAUUGCCUUCCAACUCUGUAAAUGCUCAUCCAGUCCUCCAUCUAGCGCACCUCCCAAUUUCAACAUGGGAGUGCGAGGGUCCAUUCAUGAUUUGGUCUUGUUUUCCCAUCGUUUCAUUCUUUCAUGUUCCACAUUUAGUGCCCUUUUCAAUCUCUGAGCAUGCUCAACAGGGGCUGGGUGGGUUUUAAGAUUAUGAAUCAUGGUACUACAAAAACAAGAUGGUUGGUUUGCUAAGGAUAGUAGCUUAUUCUAAAUAUGAGAAUCUGUAUAUUAUGGAAAAUCAGCACAGGACCUUUCUUUGUGGGGCGGGCUUACAUAUGGGUGAGGGUUUGUAACGGGUGGAGGGGCGGGUGGUGAACAGAUUUGCUCUCUCAAGAUAUUCUGGUUUGUCAGCACAAAGCAAACAAAGGAAUAAGAUGAAGUCUGUGGAGUACACUUCACUGACCUACAGGGGGCAAUAGAGGCAACUCUGUACUAAUAUGUAAACGUGGAAGGGCAAACGCUGUUUACAGGUUGUAUGUUUCUUCCUUAUGUUUUCUUUUUUUAAUAAUUAAUUGCCACCUGUUUUUGUGGCGGUGUCAGUACAGCAUGGAUCAACUGACAGGGGAAAAGCAGUAUCUUUUUUAUAUAUAUAUGAUAUACAAGGAGUAAAAAAAAAAAACACGUUCUGUAUUAUUAUUACUAUGAUUAUGAUUAUUAGCCUGAGAUACCAAACAAACAUUCCCUCCUGCCCUCGCUGAAAUUUCUUAAGACUUGCUGCUUAGAUGACUUCAUAUUCAUGACUGAUGAUUAAUUAUUUUAUAAUUAAUUGUCAAUCAAGUAUGUAAAAUGUUAUUUAUUUGUCUAUUUAUUUAUUUAUUUAUCUGUUUAUUCAUUUAUUUAUUUGAAAGUGAUUUAAUUUGCAGUCCAAGGUAUGAUAAAGAUGUGUAUUAAAAAAAAUAAGGAAAUGUUUAUUGCAGCUUUUUCUCUCUUUCUCUCCUUUUUUUCCAAUUUUACAAUAAAUUUAAAAAAAAUCAAA